AUGUCAUCAAAACGAAAAGACAAAAUUAUUAAUGAAUUCAUUACUAUAGCAGAAUGCUCACGUGAAUUAGCAACAGAAUAUUUGGAAUGUGUACAAUGGAAUGAGGAGGUAAGUCUGGAAGCUCAUCGCAGUGAAAAAUAUACACGUGUUACACUUGCGUUCAGGCUUUUUGCUGGUACCGGUCAUGUUGUUGAUUUAUCAGGAUCGGGACUAGCUCCAUUCCAAUCAUCAUCUGCUUCGCAUACUAGUAAAACAGUAGAAACGCCAGAUGCAGUUGUUCUUGAGAAACUUGCUGAAAAUUUUUUAAAAACUUCACCGUCAUCGACAAGCAUUCGUCUUCGAUUGCCCGAUAUUUCAAUACCUGUACGAAUUCAACUUGAUCUUAAUCGAACUUUAAUUGAUGUUCGAAAAUUUCUCAAUGGAAAUGUUUCUUCACUUCAAACAAAUGCAUUCGAAUUUAUGGGACUACCGUUAACAAAAAUCAAACGUGAAGCUGAAAAAAGAAAAAUAUGUGAUAGAAAUAUAUCUACAUAA